AUAAAUACUGGUCACGAAUGGACCAAGUGGAUAGAAAUGUUCGAGAACUUUCUUUUAGCGUGUGAUAUCACGGCAGAUGCACGCAAGAAAGCCCUCCUCCUGCGCUACGUCGGCGAGGAAGUCUGCGACAUAUUUCGCUCCCUCCCCGACAUCCCUACACAAGCUGCAACAGCUGCAAGCACGACCCAGACCACGCAGAGCCCAUCGACGCCAGAAUGCGAUGCCGCACGAGCGAAACUGAGUGCAUACUUCGCCCCGCGAGUGAACUCGACAUUUGCGAUGUACAAAUUUCGCCAAGCACAGCAAAACAUUGGUGAGCCACUGGACGCCUUCUACGCGCGCCUCCGGCAGCUCUCUCACCACUGUAACUUCGAGAACGUCGACGCUGAAGUCCAGAACCAAAUAAUCCUCGCCACAACGUCGUCUCACCUUCGCAAAUAUGCAAUGCUUUAUUCCCUCACUUUACCAGACUUACUUAAACAGGGAAGAAUGCUCGAGGAUGUCGAACGAGAUGUAUGCGAAAUCGAAAAGAACGUCGAUAGCAAUCCGGCGGUGCUCGCAGUGCACAAGGAAGGACAGCACCAUGGACAACACCAAGAAACAGCCGACAGAUGCCACGACAAACCUAUGCAUCGCGACGACCUCGUGCCUCAUCAGCAGAUUGUCUCAACUGCGGCGGCAAGUGGCCUCACCAAGGCGGACGAUCAAGUUGUGUUGCAUGGGGCAAGACAUGCAAGGCAUGUAAAAAGGUUGGUCACUUUGCACGAUUCUGUCGUUCAACGAGACAAAUGGUACACGCAGUUGACUGUGACAAUGGUCCAAACAGGAAUCAGACAGUCUGCAGUAAGAAGAGUUCUAGCACCAAAGAAUGUGCUGCCACCCGUGACACCAGUUCAAGCAGUGACGAGUAUGUUUUCGUUGUCAUGAUCUCACCUCAG